GGACGGGCCCAACAAGACUCUUAUGCCUCUCAAAGGCUUUCGUACACGAAGUCCUCCGUCGCUCCAAGACUUCUGGAAGCGUAUUACAAACCGCAUUAUGUUAUCUUGCCGCUAUCCGGCCCAACGUCCUCGAGCUCGUCCAGCUAGAAAAAGCAGGCCAAGGCCCGAGGGGAGAGCCGGAAUUGGCUGACAGGAUAACCCCCGCGACUCAGGCCGAGCUCGAGCUCGAGCUCGGCCUGAGUCUCGACACCCUUGUUGAUCCGGGGAGCGACGUGAUGGAUACCAUAAAGAUGUCCAUGGAGGGUACCGAUAAGAUGUCAACCGACACACCGCCUGCUGAUAACGAUGGACACAAACCCGAUUUGCUUCCCUCACCACCCAUGCCGUCUCCACUCCUGUGCCCCCGGCGGGCCUUUCUCGCCUCGCUCAUCUUAGCGUCCAAGUUUAUGCAGGAUAAAUGCUACUCCAAUCGCGCAUGGGCCAAACUCUCUGGGCUGCAGCCGAGAGAGAUCAGCCGGUGCGAACGCGCCUUGGGCGAUGCCCUGGGCUGGCGUCUCUGGGUAGGCAAGACACCUAUCGCUGAGCCUACCCCCGCCACCCGGCCUGUCGUAAGGUGUCGGAGCGAGAGUAAUCUCACACUCUCUCCGCCCCCAUUCUUGAGUGAGCAAACGUUGACCCCGACUGCGAAACAACGGGGAUUGAAGCGCUGCUCGACGCUCCCGGCAGAUGCAUUUGGCACUCGAUUGGUCGAGUGCCAAAUGCAUCUUCUGGAUAGCUCGCAUGCUUCGACCUCGUAUGAUAUCCAAGUCGACGUCAAUAAUCCGUUUCCCGUCCAUUCUCUUACUAGUCAGAAUAUGGCAUCAAAUUAUACGAGUCCGCCCACACCAGGCCUCACGUACUCUCCCUCGUCGUCGUCUUCGACUUCGUCUGGGGAUAGGACGAUCCAGAUGUCGACCUUUUUGGACGACAAUAUGUCGGGCUCGUUCCAUGAUUCGACCUGCAGUGUUGAGUCUUGGGACAAGGCCCCAGAUGGACUUGGAUAUGACCAUGAGUCGGUUCCGUUUAUUGAAUUUUGUAGUACAAAACUUGGCGAUCCGGGUCCGAUAUACCCUUGGAGUGCGCAUACGUUGUGUUCGCAAUAGCUUUUUAGAGGUUCUCAAUGUCUCACCUCGUCUUUUUCUUUUGUACUUUUACCCCUUUUAUUCUCUCGUGUUUAUAUAUGUCUGCCAUACAUGCGUUUUCCUCUCUCCUCUUAAACCCGUGCGAUGCUUGUGUGCCAUUGUAUGCUUUUUCUGUAUGUUUUCUUUUUCAUCCAUGGUGUAUAUUGAAUUGGUACGUAGGAAUUGAAAAUCUCAAGUAUUUUGCGGGACUCAAAAGCUUGU